UUUUGAUAUGUACUUUUCAAAAAAUAUAUAAUUUUUAGUAAAAGGUUCGAUGUAAUUUAAAAUUAUAUAGUGGUUUAAGAAAUGCUUUAAAAAUGGAUUUCACAUUGGAUGGAAAUUUGGAUGAAGAUUUUUUCGGAGUGUUGAAGCGACAAAACACAAAUUUGGAUAAUCUUUUCGGAAAUGAGACCCAACGUAGUACCUCUGAUGAAAAAGAAGAAUCGUUGAAAUAUCAACCCACAAAGCAGGCAUCGACUAGUUCAAAUGCUAAUAAAAGUACCAGCUCAAGCGCUACCAUAACAGCGCAAACUUGGCAAACUCUUCUAGCAAAAGUUGUUCAUGCUUAUAAGGAUCGUGUUCCCAUUGGCAAAGUGGGUGUGGCAUUGUUGCAAAGUAUUGAGAAUGAAUAUCGUAUUAUAAUUUACAAAGCAAAAUUUAAUGUGCUUACCACAUGCUCACUGCACGUUGAACUGUCACAAAUACAUCGAAAGGAUAAUUACCUUCAGUUUUAUGAUGAUGCGCUAUGUUGUUGGAGCGUUUAUUUUGAUACCAUUGACAAUACUGAGGAGUUUGUACGCAAAUUGAAUGAAAUAAAUAUCAAAAUAAGUGAAGACAUAGCAGGUGAACCGCAGGAAAGUAUUUCAGCACCAGAAACGGGAGAAAAUCAAAAUGAAGAACCAAUUGCAAUGAGUGCACCAAUUAUUUCGAAACCCAUUGAACGUCCAACUGUUACGGCUGCAAAACCAACCAAGUCAACGUUAAUAACACGCAUGGCCAAAAUGGGUAAGGAAUUACCAAAAAUGAAAACACCACCACACCUGGAAAGUAGCGCAGAUGUCACCGACUCGUCCGAUACGGAGACAAUGUUCACUCCAAUAACACAUCCCAUAACACCACGCAGUAGUAGAAUAAUGACAACAGCCAAAUUACUUCCCGUGAGCCAAAUUAGUGAAUAUCCCACACCUAAUGUGAACAGCAGUUUCGAGACACAGUUUAUGCAAAUGAUGCUCUCUGAGAAUCGUACACAAAGCUCUGAGCUACGCAUGAACAUUAACAGAUUGGAGAGCAAAGUUGAAAAAGUCAUUGACAAAAUUGAUUUACUUCAAGCCAGUUCUAGCCAUAAAUUAAAUAAAGAAGAUGAAUUAUUAACACUAGAGGAGAAAGUAUUAGAGCUCAAGAAGGAGAAUAGAAGACUUCGGCAAACAAUUGAGGAAAGUAACGUAAAUGCAACAAAUGCAAGUUGGCAAAAACUAAUGCAGAUGUAUAGCACAGAAUUGGAGGAAGCAAAUUUAGCCAAUGUUGAUAGCCUAGAAAGGAUUGUGGGUGAUUUAUUGAAACAACGGACGACAAUGCAAGAAAAAUUAGAGCAAUGGGAAAAAGAACUUACAGAAAAAAGUUUACUAUUAAAAACACAUGAGUCACAAUUUAAUAACAAUCGAGACGAGUUAGCAAAUAUCAUUGCAAGUAAACAACAAUUGGAGGAUGAAUUGAAAACUUUACAAAAAGUUUUAUCAGACAAAGAAUGUUUAGAAAGUGAUUUGCGAAAACAAUUAAUUGAAAGUAACAAUGAAAUACAGGCGGAAAAACAACGUUACGAGGAGAGCAAGGAAAGAGGAGGAGAAACACAAAAUCUGUUGCAAGAAUUUCAGGCUCAAAAUUUAGCACUACAGAAGCAACUGGAUGUAAAAUCCAAUGCGGAGUUGGGCACUCAACAUACCGCUGAAGGCAGUAAUCUGCUGCAUGAAAAUGGAAACACAAUUGAACAACAAAUUGAAACAGUAUUGAAGAAAACUAUGAACAAUUUAUAUGCAAGCUUAGCUGCGAAAUUAGAGAAUAUAGUGCCAAUGCAAAAACAUGCCGUAGUAGCAAUAGUGGGAAAAACUAUACGCGAAGAAACGCUCAAAGCAAUGGAGAGCUUAGAAUAAUAACUUUAUAUACACCUAAAGUGUAGUGGGUGUAUGCUUGUGCAAAAAAAAAGACAAACAAAAUAAUAACAUUACCCAUGUAACAGGAACGAUAUAAAUUCAUAUAAGUGACUGUCAUUCCAAAAGCAUAUGCCUAACUUUUCGUGGAAUGUAGCGUGAUUGCAAUAAAAUUCCAAUUACCUAUGCUUAUAUGUAUGUGUGUCCUUACAAUUAUAAAAUUAUUUUGUAAAUUAAUAAAGUAUCUGUCUAUACUCGUACCAAAA